GAUGGUAAACAUGGCAAAGCUUGGGGAAUUGUUCAUAAAGAAGGUCGGCCUGCUGCAGACACUCCCAAGAAAAUAAGUGGUGUUCACAAGCGCGGAUGGAAAUACAUUCCUAACUCAAAAGGGAAAGAAGAAAACUUGAAAGUGAAAGAAGAAAACAUAGUAAAAUCAGCAGCAGAAGUUCAAACAGCUUGAUUCUUUUUUCAUUGACAUGUGAUGGUUGUUUUCAACCAAAAUUAGCAGUCGUAGAUACUCCCCCGUCGAUGAGUAGGCAUCCGAAUUUCACCUCCUUUCAGGGUAUUGCAGCGUUAUGUUGUUUCUUUAAUUUGUUGUCAAAAACAAAUAAUUCUGAAAAUAUCUGUGGUUCUUAUCUGCUGUAUUCAUGAGUAUCAUCAAGUCAAGGGACUCUAUCUUGUUUUAGAGGUCAGAAUCUUAAGAUGGCUAUGUUAAAUUACUGUUUUUGUCAUUCUUUGCCAUCACACAGAAAACAGUGGAAUAAGAUGAUGAAGCAUCAUGUUGUUGAUGGAAAUCCAAACCAAGCCAUUUUCGUGUACAGACAAAUGUUAGAAUCUGGUUGUAAUGGUGAUAAUUUUACAUACCCAGUUCUUCUAAAAGCAUUAACUCAUCUCUCCUCUUCAAUAUCUAUACUCACUGUUCAUGGACAAGCAAUUAAAACUGGAUUUUCAGAUCAUGUUUUUGUGGAAACUUCUUUACUGAACUCUUAUGCAUCAGUUGGGGAUAUUGAGAAUGCACAAAAAGUGUUUGAUAAAAUGUCUAGCAGAGAUGUUAUUGCUUGGAAUUCUAUGUUAGAUGCAUAUGUUUCUAAAGGAAUGAUGGAAAGUGCAAUCAAACAUUUUCACUUGAUGCCUGUUAAGGAUGCUGUGUCAUUUAACAUUAUGAUUUCCGGGUUCGCAAAGCUUGGGACUAUAGAGUUUGCCGAGGAAAUUUUCGAUGAGAUUCCUGUAAGAGAUGUUGUUUCAUGGAAUUCAAUGAUGUUAGGUUAUUGUAAGGCAGGGGAUAUGGAUAAGGCUCGUAAAGUGUUCGAUAGUAUGGUGGAAAGAACUUUGGUAUCAUGGAACACAAUGAUCACUGGUUAUCUGGACAAUGAGCUUUAUGUUGAUGCCAUUGAUUUGUUCUCUGAGAUGAAAGAAAAAGGGUUUGAACCCAAUCAUAUAACGGUAUCAGCGGUUUUAUCAGCCUGCGCGUGGGUAGGAUCAGUGGAUGAAGGGAAGGAAGUACACAUCUUUGCUCUUUUCAGUGGGCUUGCUUCGAAUGUGCACGUAGUUACAGCACUGAUUGACAUGUACGCAAAGUGCGGUAGCAUAGAUGGAGCUCUGGAAGUAUUUUACAAGUCCCAAGCCAAGGAUGUCACUUCUUGGAAUGCAAUGAUCAGUGGGCUUGCACUGCAUGGAAAAUCACACGCUGCCCUUAAACUCUUUAGUGAUUUUCAGAAUAGAAACAUGAAGGCUGACGAUAUAACCUUCAUAGGUCUUCUGACUGCUUGCAGCCACUCAGGAUUAGUGAACGAAGGAUACCGUCUGUUCGAAUCCAUGGAGAAGGAAUUUGGGAUUUCACCCAAGUCUGAGCAUUAUGGUUGCAUGGUGGAUCUCUUGGGACGAGCGGGUUACCUUCACAGUGCGUGUCAGCUAAUGAAAGCAAUGCCAUUCGAGCCUGGACCGACUGUAUAUGGCGCACUAUUAGGCGCUUGUUUGGUUUAUAGAGAUCUCAAGGUGGGAAACAUGGUUGCUGAACACAUGACGAAACGAAUGCAUCGUUUGAGCGAUGGGGAGUACAUGAUGCUAGCUAAUCUGUACGCUUCCUGUGGUAAAUUCGAGGAAGCAGAUGGAUGGAGAAGAGAGAUGAACAAUGCUGGGAUUACUAAAACUGCUGGUUAUAGUAUGAUUCUGGUUAAGGGUAAAAUGAUAAAGUUUUUAGCUGGAGAUAGAUAACAAAUGCAUCUGAACAAACAGUUAUUGUACUCACUUUUGAAUCAUAAGCCGAAUUUCCUGCCAUCUGUAACAUUUUCUGCA